AUGGCAAACCCAGACUUCACAGAGGAGCUCGACUUGUCGGAAGCUCCCCCCGCCGGCGAGGACUGGGUGUCUUACCGCAACUUUAUUGACCGGAUUCGCCAGCAACUGAGAACCAGAGGGCAACAGCCCGUGCACGGUCUUCCCGUGCUCCCCCGGGAAGAACGCAGACCGACCGGAUGGUUCGACGUGCUACUGCGCACCAGACGAGAUUAUGCCGUCCGGUUCAGGAUGCGAAUCGACAACCUCUACCUGGUCGGGUUCAGGGUCGAACAGGGGCCUAAUCCUCGAUGGUUCGAGUUCAACCGCCAACGCUGGCCUCGCCGCCUCAUCGCCGGGUCCGCCAACCUGGGCUUCGGCGACAGCUACCCGGCACUGCUGCACGAAUGUGCUGAAGACUGCGCACCGAAUUGGCGUUGGGAGAACAUGAGGGUCGGCCGGCAGGACCUCUUGAACGCCGUCGAGCGUCUAGGUACCGCCGAUCAGCCUUCUCAGAGGGCGCAGUCUCUGCUCCCCGCGAUCCUAAUGAUCAACGAAGCAAUUAGACUUAACGACAUCAAACACUUCUUCGUCAGACACCACGGCGAGUCAUUAUCGGCCCCAAUUCAAUUUCUAAAUCUUGCGCGACUUUGGGGAAACCUCUCCGAGCGAUUGCUGCGCACUUCUCCUGAUGAUACCUCCAGCUUUCACUUUCCUCCCAACGAUUUCGGAAUCCAAACCUUUUUGCAAGCGGUCGCCGCAAUCGCCAUCAUCAAGUAUCGCAUCUUCUUCUCAACAUCCCAUUCGCACAGGAGGUUCCCGCGCAGCGCCGACACCGGUUAUGGACAACCAUUGGUGGAGGUUUUCUCGGUGCGCAUCAACGAUGAUACCGGCGGAGAGAUCCAUCUCUACGGCUUUAUCACGGCAACCGAUGGACUGACUUGUCAAUACAUGUACAAUCGAAGAAGGGUGGAGCCGGAGCAAAUUUAUACAGGCGAUACUAUUUUGUUGACUGGCCCGGCUCGACCCAUCUCUGCCUCCGACAGCUUCGCCAUCAACUUCGAUCUCAUGGAUGAAAACAGGGUUUCUCCAAAUGAUGGAGUAGCCUUCGGGCAACUGUUGUGGAAUGUUUUCUCGACGGAGAGUAUCGUGUUUGACGAACCCUUGUCGGAGACCAUUGAUGGCAGGAAUGGCUCGAUGACGUUGAACUAUGUUGCAAUGAGCGAUGCUGUGCAAGCUAGCAUAGAGAUUACACUCACGGAUAUUAGAGAUGGGAGAAAUCUUGCUGAAGUUUAUGGAAAAAUUACUGCUUCCAGUGAUAAGUUCGCGAAUAAAAGCAGUAUGCUCUUUUGGAGAACAUCUGAUGAUGACGACAUCGAAGGAACUAGACGUGGGCAUCUCAUUUCGCUAUUGAGAUCGGCAGUCGCCGUGCCAUUGGGCUCCUCGCUUAUAGUUACUGCAGAACUGUUCAAUCGCGACAGAGAGACUGGUUCUAAUCAUGAGAUUGCCAAUGGUUCUAAAUCAUUCGCUGCUUCUCUCUGGGGCACAAACACAAAAGUUAUUUCUGGAGCAUCUGGUCAAAUUCAAGUGAAGGUCACAUGGAUAAAUAUGUAA